AUGAUCGGUCCAGAAUUCCAAAUCUCCGACCGCACCCGGCGAUUUUCUUUUUUUGCACAAUCUGAAAAGCCCGAGAAUAACGAGAAAAGGGGGAAUUAUCAGAUGGCGGGAAAAAGACGUGCUCUUACAGAAGAGCAAGACCAGGAAGGUCGGGAGUCUCAAAAAAGGAAAUUUGUUGCGUGCGUAUUCCACCUGGAGAUGUUGUAUACCUCACGCCGAAGCCACCGAGCACUGACGUAUGACAUAACAGCUGUCGAAGAUGCCACUCGCAUAAAAUCAAAUGUUCCGGAGAUCAGCCGUGUAGCAAAUGUUGCACAGUCGGACUCGCUGAUGAAUAUCCUCGCCGAGAAUCAGCGGCUCAAGGAACGGUCGAUCACCUCGGCUCAAGUUGCCGAGACCAACGAUCCGGCGCAGAGCAGAGGUCCUUCCAGGACAGCAGAUGCCCCUGAUGGAACAGGAAUUCAAAAUCCAUUGAUUGGAGAUCGAGCCUGGUUCCACCGGUAUGAUCCCUCUUCGCCACCCAUCUACAUCGGCGAGGCAGCAUGUUCAGCAUUUGCAACACGCUUUCGGCGUUUCUUGUCGGGGAAUAGUGCAAUGCCACAUAUUCCCCGAACACAGUAUGAACGCGAAGAGACGAUCACCGCAGCGAACGAAUCCGAUAUACAGUGGCCGAGUCUCCACCAUGCUCGGUUGUUAGUCCGAAUAGCAAUCCACCAGAUCGGGCAUCUCUACCAUCUCAUGAUGCGCAAGUCGACGUUAGAUAAACUGGAAGAGAUCUACAGGACACGAGACUUUGACUGCACGGCUAGCAAGUGUAAAUUCUUCGCCUUAUUCGCUUUUGGCCAGGCCUAUUCAAUCCGAUCUGAGCCCAAUUCCGGCUCUAGGGUACCGGGCACGUCGUACUUUGCUCGAUCAAUGGGAUUGGUCCAGAUCCUACCGGAGAGAACCAGUAUCACACACUUGGAAACCCUGCUAUUGUUGUCUCUUUUUUCAUACUAUCUCAACCGGCGUCAUUCGGCGUACGUCCUGAUCGGAAAUGCCAUGCGGAUGGGGUUGACCAUUGGCUUGAAUCACAAUAUCCUAGAAUCACAGGUCAUCGACCCAGUGGAGCGCCAGCACCGCAUCCAAAUAUGGUGGACAAUCUACAUCUUCGACCGGAUGUGGGGAUCCAAAAUGGGUCUCCCAAUGCAAAUCCUCGAUGAGGAUAUCCAUGUCGACAUGCCUUCAACCAUCUCCCCGAGCUGGCGCCACGAAGAAGAACUCUCCGACUCUGACUACAUGACCGCCAACAUCAAGCUGGCACGCAUAGUCGGCGAGACAAUCACCAAAUUAUACAGCCGGCGAAAAUACCAAGAGACCUUCCUACAGCGCGUUCAGAAAAUCCUCAAAGCCCUGAAACACUGGGUAGAAACACUCCCCGAAUCCCUCAGGCUGAACAUGGAAGACCUGGAAUCGAGCAAGAAACCCAUCGUCUCCCUCCAUAUGUCCUUCAACCAAUGCGUAAUCCUAACUACGCGCCCAACGCUACUGCACCUCCUAAUGACACUAAGCAAAAAAAGCAAACCCCGCUCCAAUACCACUAACAAUACCGGUGGGGCCGAAAGCGAAGGCGAAGAGGUAACCGUUUCUCAGCCCGUUCUGACCCUAAGCGAAGCAUGUAUCCAUGCAGCGCGGCAUUCCCAUUCGAUGAUCUUGACACGGUGGAUCAACGGGUCCAUGCCGACCUUCGGCUAUUUCCACGCCCACUACCUCUUUUCCUCCGCAUUGAUCUUGGCAAUGUCCAGCUUUGUUCCUAUCGGCAGUCCAACUGAUAUGACGGGAUUUGACUCCGCGCUAGAUCUGCUACGCUCCAUGACCGAGAAUGGGAAUCUGGCUGCCGCGGAAUUCUAUCAUAACCUCGAGCAGGUGAAGGUUUGUUUGGCUGCUUAUCGAGGAGCGAGGCGGGCUGAGGGGAGUGCUGAUGUGGCUGCUGGUGGAGGAGUGGCUCCUAAUACCAACGCUAAUGCUAGUGGUAACGGUCGCUCUGGCACUGGUGCGCUAGCUUUGUCCGGGCCUUCGCCUGAACUGGCCACGGCUACUACUCCUUUUUUGAACCCUUUGCCGUUGAAUCCACCCAGAUCUACAUCGGUGUCGGUGUCCGCAUCUAUACCUCCACCGUCGUUAAUACCCACAUCACAUGAUAUCCUUGCUUCUCCCACCACCCAGCCUGUCCACGGCCAUGGUAUCGAUGCAUAUACCUACCCUUUGACGGAUACCGUCAGCGGGUACACCACUGAAAUGGCAUUUCUAGAGCCGACCAUGCAAGAUUUCCUGGCGCAGUCAGAUAUCGACCUUGGGCUGUUGCACCCUGUUGAUACAUUCUUCAACGAGGCAGAGAAUCUAUAUACAUGCCAUGGGUUUUGA